AUGCCGGCCGACAAAACCAUCGGCGGUGGCGACGACGCGUUUAACACGUUCUUCUCCGAAACUGGCGCGGGUAAGCACGUCCCGCGAUGCGUAUUUCUCGAUCUCGAACCGACCGUCAUCGACGAGGUGAGAACGGGGACCUACCGCCAAUUGUUCCAUCCGGAACAGUUGAUUUCCGGGAAAGAGGACGCCGCGAACAACUUUGCCAGAGGCCAUUAUACCAUUGGUAAAGAGAUUGUCGAUUUGGCGUUGGACAGAAUUCGCAAGUUGGCGGAUAACUGCACCGGGUUGCAAGGCUUUUUGGUGUUCAACGCCGUCGGCGGCGGGACCGGCUCUGGUCUUGGGUCGUUGCUUUUGGAACGUUUGUCCGUCGAUUACGGGAAGAAAUCGAAGUUGGGUUUCACCAUUUACCCGUCACCGCAAGUCUCCACGGCAGUCGUUGAACCGUACAACUCCGUUUUGAGUACGCACGCGUUGUUGGAACACACCGACGUGGCCGUCAUGUUGGACAACGAGGCGGUGUACGACAUCUGCCGCAGAUCGUUGGAUAUCGAACGACCGACGUAUACGAACUUGAACCGUUUGAUCGCGCAAGUGAUCUCGUCGUUGACUGCCAGUUUACGAUUCGACGGUGCGUUGAACGUCGACGUGACGGAGUUCCAAACCAACUUGGUUCCGUACCCGAGAAUUCACUUCAUGUUGUCCUCGUACGCGCCGGUUAUUUCCGCGGAAAAGGCGUACCACGAACAACUCUCGGUCGCUGAAAUCACCAACUCCGCGUUCGAGCCGUCCUCGAUGAUGGCGAAGUGCGAUCCGAGACACGGUAAGUACAUGGCGUGCUGCUUGAUGUACAGAGGCGACGUCGUACCGAAAGACGUCAACGCUGCCGUCGCUUCGAUCAAGACGAAGAGAACCAUCCAAUUCGUCGAUUGGUGCCCGACUGGUUUCAAGUGCGGUAUUAACUACCAACCGCCGACGGUUGUCCCGGGUGGUGACUUGGCGAAAGUACAACGCGCUGUGUGCAUGAUUUCUAACUCCACCGCCAUCGCGGAAGUCUUCUCCAGACUCGACCACAAGUUUGACUUGAUGUACGCCAAGAGAGCGUUCGUCCACUGGUACGUCGGCGAAGGCAUGGAAGAAGGCGAAUUCUCCGAAGCGAGAGAAGAUUUGGCCGCUUUGGAGAAGGAUUACGAAGAAGUCGGCGCGGAAUCCGGCGAAGGCGAGGGCGAAAUGGACGAAGAGUAUUAA